AUGAUGGAGUCUAGGUCUCCGAUCUGCAACACUUGUGGCGAAGAGAUUGGUGUUAAAUCAAACGGAGAGUUCUUUGUUGCUUGUCACGAGUGUAGUUUCCCGAUCUGCAAAGCUUGUCUUGAGUAUGAAUUCAAAGAAGGUCGACGAAUUUGCUUGCGUUGUGGCAAUCCCUACGAGGUAGUAAAUCAUAUAAUUUGCAAAUUUUUCUUCAAUAUGUUUGCAACUUUUUCGUUAAUAGUUUUGGUUUCUUUCUCAGAAAAUGUGUUUGAUGAUGUUGAGACAAAGGCAUCUAAAACUCAAUCCACCAUUGCAACACAUAUCAACAACACUCCUCAGGAUUCUGGGAUUCAUGCUAGACAUAUAAGUACAGUUUCCACAAUUGACAGUGAUCUGAAUGAUGAAUAUGGGAAUCCAAUAUGGAAGAACAGAGUUGAGAGCUGGAAAGACAAGAAAGACAAGAAGAGCAACAAGAAGAAGAAGAAGAAAGAUGCAAAAGCAACCAAACCUGAAGAACAUGAUGCUCAGAUUCCUCCUCAACAGCACAUGGAAGAUAUGCCACAGAACACAGAGGCUGGUGCUACAGAUGCGCUUUCAGUUGUGAUUCCUAUUCCAAGGACAAAGAUCACUUCAUACAGGAUCGUCAUCAUCAUGCGGUUGAUCAUCUUGGCUCUGUUUUUCAACUACCGUAUCACUCAUCCUGUCGAUAGCGCUUACGGUUUAUGGCUAACAUCUGUGAUAUGUGAGAUUUGGUUUGCUAUUUCAUGGGUGUUGGAUCAGUUCCCUAAAUGGUCUCCUAUUAACCGAGAAACUUACAUUGAUCGCUUAUCCGCAAGAUUCGAAAGAGAAGGCGAGCAAUCACAGCUUGCAGCUGUAGAUUUCUUUGUUAGUACAGUUGAUCCAUUAAAGGAGCCACCUUUGAUCACUGCAAACACGGUUCUUUCGAUCCUCGCUUUAGACUACCCCGUGGAUAAAGUCUCUUGCUAUGUAUCUGAUGAUGGUGCAGCGAUGCUUUCGUUUGAGUCUUUGGUUGAGACAGCAGAUUUUGCUAGGAAAUGGGUACCUUUCUGCAAAAAAUACUCAAUCGAGCCGCGAGCUCCCGAGUUUUACUUCUCGCUUAAAAUCGAUUACUUGAGGGAUAAGGUUCAACCUUCUUUUGUUAAAGAACGUAGAGCUAUGAAAAGAGACUAUGAGGAGUUUAAGAUCAGAAUGAAUGCUUUAGUCGCCAAGGCUCAAAAGACACCAGAAGAAGGAUGGACAAUGCAAGAUGGAACCUCUUGGCCUGGAAACAAUACUCGUGACCAUCCCGGGAUGAUUCAGGUCUUCCUUGGAUAUAGCGGUGCUCGUGACAUUGAAGGAAACGAACUUCCAAGAUUAGUUUACGUCUCUAGAGAGAAGAGACCUGGAUAUCAACAUCACAAGAAGGCCGGGGCAGAGAACGCAUUGGUGAGGGUGUCUGCGGUUUUAACGAAUGCUCCAUUCAUUCUUAACCUUGAUUGUGAUCACUACGUCAACAAUAGCAAAGCCGUGCGUGAAGCAAUGUGCUUUUUAAUGGAUCCUGUUGUUGGUCAAGACGUUUGCUUUGUUCAGUUCCCACAGAGAUUUGAUGGAAUCGACAAGAGUGAUCGAUAUGCUAACCGCAACAUAGUUUUCUUUGAUGUUAAUAUGAGAGGACUUGAUGGGAUUCAAGGUCCAGUUUAUGUUGGUACUGGUACUGUCUUUAGAAGACAAGCACUUUACGGAUAUAGUCCACCUUCUAAACCAAGAAUGUUACCACAAUCUUCAUCCUCGUCUUGUUGCUGUCUAACUAAGAAGAAACAACCUCAAGAUCCUUCCGAGUUAUACAAAGACGCAAAGCGAGAAGAACUCGAUGCUGCAAUCUUUAAUCUUGGAGACCUAGAUAACUACGAUGAGUACGAGAGAUCAAUGCUGAUCUCACAAACAAGCUUCGAGAAAACGUUUGGUCUCUCUGCGGUUUUCAUCGAGUCUACUCUAAUGGAGAGUGGCGGUGUUCCUGACUCUGUAAACCCCUCAACGCUCAUUAAAGAAGCUAUUCAUGUCAUUAGCUGCGGAUAUGAAGAGAAAUCCGAAUGGGGAAAAGAAAUCGGAUGGAUUUACGGAUCAAUCACGGAAGACAUUUUGACAGGUUUCAAGAUGCAUUGCCGCGGAUGGAGGUCCAUUUACUGUAUGCCAUUAAGACCAGCUUUUAAAGGAUCUGCUCCAAUCAAUCUAUCAGAUAGGCUUCACCAGGUUCUGCGUUGGGCUCUUGGUUCAGUUGAGAUCUUCCUAAGCAGGCAUUGUCCUCUCUGGUAUGGUUGCAGCGGAGGCCGCCUCAAGUUGCUCCAGAGAUUAGCUUAUAUAAACACUAUUGUUUAUCCAUUCACUUCUUUGCCUCUGGUUGCUUACUGUACUCUUCCUGCUAUCUGCCUUCUCACCGGCAAAUUCAUCAUCCCAACGCUAUCAAACCUAGCAAGCAUGCUGUUUCUUGGUCUCUUCAUAUCAAUCAUCUUAACGAGUGUCCUCGAGCUUCGAUGGAGCGGAGUUAGCAUCGAAGACUUAUGGAGAAAUGAACAGUUUUGGGUUAUUGGAGGUGUCUCAGCUCAUCUCUUUGCUGUUUUCCAAGGAUUCCUCAAAAUGCUCGCUGGUCUCGACACAAACUUCACAGUCACGUCGAAAACAGCAGACGAUCAAGAAUUCGGUGAGCUGUACAUUGUCAAAUGGACAACUCUCUUGAUCCCUCCGACAUCACUUCUCAUAAUCAACUUGGUCGGAGUCGUUGCUGGAUUCUCUGAUGCUUUAAACAAAGGUUAUGAAGCUUGGGGACCUUUGUUUGGGAAAGUAUUUUUCGCCUUUUGGGUGAUUCUUCAUCUUUAUCCUUUCCUCAAAGGUCUUAUGGGAAGACAAAACAGAACACCCACCAUUGUUAUUCUCUGGUCUAUCUUGCUUGCUUCUGUGUUUUCACUUGUUUGGGUUCGUAUCAAUCCUUUCGUCUCCAAAACCGAUACGACCUCCCUUUCUCUGAACUGUCUUUUGAUCGAUUGCUAAGAGAAUAUGUUUGUAUUUUGAACGAUGGAUGAUCUGUUUUUGGUUGUUUUAUAAAUUUUUCCUCCCUUGUGAGAGAAGUUAUCUCAUAUAAUUGCUUGAGACACAA